AUGCUUUAAAUAAACGGCCGGGGCAUUUAUUAAAUUUUUUGACAUUUUUUGGGGGCGUUUAUUCCAGGGGGGUGUUUAAAAGAGGGGAGCGUUUAUUAAAUUUUACACUUCGUCUCUUUUGCAGUUUUUAAGGAUGCCUAUAAUUGCCGCCCCUUAAGGGGGCGGCAGCAUUGUCGGCCCUGCGUGUGAGCGUGUGAAGGGCGAAUGGGAGAGACGAGCCGUAUAAACUUUCGAUUUCUGCCUUUUUGCUUCGUGUCUCGAUUGCUCAAUAUUUAUCACAUAACAUGUGACCAUUAGUGAAGAAGACAAUGAGUUGGCGAAAAAAUGCAAAAAAUGUUAAGCGACGGGCACUUUAUGUAGCGAAAUAUAUUUAAUUGGUCGAAUGGUUUUUGGCUCUUUCCUCCAAUUGGUUAAUUAAGCUACUUCGUAGCGUACUUACUCUCCUCGUGUUGGGCAGCGUGGUGAAAAUAAUCAGUUGCGUGGUUUGUAUAAGAGGUAAAGAAGUCUGUUUAUAUGGUGAGCUCAUAUUUUCAUUUAAUUUCUAAGUUGUUUGAAUUGUUAGCAAAGACAGCUCCGUUGUGGAGUAAAAAGACAACUCCGUUGUGGAGAACCAGAUUAUAAAAUGUUGAUUAAUAAGUUACAUUUUUUAAACUCUUGUCGCCAUACAGCUGGAAAAUUUUCAUGUGCUGUAGAUUGUUUUCUUGAAACUUGGAUACAUUGUGUUUCGAAUCUGUUUGUAGGAAAUAAUUUUACGAGCUAUUGUAUAGGAUCAUUACAAUACGUCACUAGGCAAUUUGAAGAUCAUCAAAAUAAGAACUCAGAGGCCUCAGUUCUAUGCUCUUUAAGAGAGGUUUUUUGGCAGUAUUUAAGAUUAAAAUGUCCUUCUUUUGUUCCAAUGAAUUGCAAUGCACAGUUUUCUGAAAUUUUUCAAAGUACUGUAUUUUGUGAUAUGUCAGUUAGUGAAAGAAAUAAGAUUUUUUCAAACUAUUUUUUCAGUGUGUCAUGUAGCACAUGUAACAAUAAUUUUCAAGUCUCAAAUGAAGUUUUAAUAAAUUAUGUAAGUUUAGAUGGUAUAUUAUCCUCCAAUUUGUUGCCAGAGCAAUGGCCUUUGUAUCUAGCACAGAGUAACUCUAUUUCUAAUGCACAGUGUGAAAAUUGUAAUAUUACACUUUCAGUCACAGCAUCAGUCAAGCAAAUCAGUGAUGUUUUGUUUGUAGAAUUUAGUGAGUCUAUGAUGAGUGUUUCUCAGUUUCCUCCAGAAAUUGUGUUAGAGCAGCAAUUCAGGUUAAAAGGAAUAGUUAGACAUUUAGGUAGUCAUUUUACCUGUGCAAUAAACAGUAACGACAACUGGAUACUGAUAGAUGAUUUGCAUGAUAGCUGUAAUUUAUUUAACUCGUUAGAUAGUUUGUAUUCAAGUAACUCCAGUGGUUGGUUUUUUGGAAUAUAUGUUAAACACACGCACCAAGACAAUGCCUUGAAUCAACAGAGUCAAAACUUUGAUAUUUUUACAGAUUUUCAGGUGUUUCAAGAUAAUAAAUUUAUUAAAAAAAAAAGAUCUUGCAGUGAUAAUGAAAAAGACACUAAAAAAGUUAGGGUUUGGAACACUCAAAAAUUUUUAAAUUUAAAAAAUGAUAAACUGUCGUUAAAUUCUACCUCUCAGUAUAACUUUCAAAAAAAAGACAUAAAAAUUCUUAAUAAAAAUUGUUUUAGAAAGGAAGUCAGAGAAAUAGGUAAACAAAACAAUUUGAAAAAUACUUCUUUUCGCAUUGUUGGAAAUAAAAAAAUUACAGAAAGUCAGAAAAAUCAGCCUAUUGUAAAACGUAAAAAAAAAUCAUUUAAAUCGAAAAAGAAAUUAAACGGUUUUCCAUUUCCAUUACAUGAAGAGGAAAAAGCUCUAGAUGAAAUGGAGAGAUUCGAGGAAUCAUUACGGUUUGAAAUAUAUCAAUGCAGUGUUUGUUUUGAAGCUUGGCCGAUCAAAAUACCACCGAAAACAGAUCAAUUUGUUUGUGGUCGUUGUAAAAGAGAUAAGGGCAUUCCUAAAAGAUUUAGUUCUGAAAAUAAAAUGAUACCUGCUUCAGUGCCAGUUGAAUUACAAGAUUUGACACAAGUUGAGGAAAUGAUUAUCUCGCGUGCAUUCCCUGUAAUGCAGGUUUAUCUGAAGCCUAGAUUUGGAACUACAAGUUAUAGAGGCCAUGUUGUGACUUUACCUCAUAAUGUUCAAAAAAUUGCAAAUAUUCUUCCACGUAGUUCUAAGGACUUGCCAAUUCUAGAAUUUACAUUUAAAGGCAAAAAUGAAAAAAAUUGUAAUUUUAAGGUAAGAAGAGAAAAAGUUUUGCAUGCUUUAGUGUGGCUAAAACAAAAUAACCCAUUUUAUGAAGAUAUUGAAAUAGAUUUUGAAAGAAUAGAAUGCCUUCCUCAAAAUGAUUACAUCGUUGUUGAAGAUGUUGUAGUGGCUUGCGAGAGUGACAAACUUCAGUGUAGUUAUGACGAAGGCCCUAUCUCUGAAUCUGGCUUAAAAGAGAAUGUAGAAUCAACCAGUUUCUUAAACUCAAAUACUAUUGAACCAUUAGAGAAAGAUAGACUAGAUCGAAUUUUAUUAGAUCAAUCCCUUGAUAUAGGAGCAAGCCCAAUGAAUGAGUUUUCUGUGCCAGGAUUAGCAACUAUGGCAUUCCCAACCUUGUUUCCAUAUGGAUUAGGUGAUCCUACAAAUAUUGCUCUCAAAAGACAAAUUAGCCCACAUGAAACUGAAUCAUUUUCAAUGAUAUUAAAACAUCUUGUUAAAUUUGGUGAAAAAAUAAAUGGAAAGUGGCGUUACAGGUUUGCAGCACACCCACGAUUUGGAUAUUGGGCUUAUAAUAUGCUGUAUAGAAAACGGUUGCUUUCUCAAGGAAAUUUUUACAUGAAACAAAAUAUUGGUGAUUCAUUACUAACUGUUGAAGAAUUACAAGAAAUGCUACACAGUGGUAAUUAUUCACAGUUAAUGAGCAAGUUAAUGUAUUAUGCAAAAAAUGUAACUGGCACCAACUCUUACUGGUACCAAGUUAAAGAGCAAUUAAAGGCUACAUUGCAUCAAACUGGCUCACCAACAAUUUUUUGGACUUUAUCAUGUGCUGAAUUUCAUUGGCCAGAAUUUCAUGCUUUGUUUUCUGACAAUGACAUGUGUUUAAUAACGCAAGACGAAAUCAGAGAUAAUGUUAUCAGCUAUCCACAUCUCUUGGAUUGGUUUUUCACACAAAGAGUAGAAUCUUUUGUUAAGCAUUGGCUAUAUGAUAUUCUUGGUGCAACAUGGCAUUGGUAUAGAUACGAGUUCACUGUUCUUAGGGGUGCCAUUCAUUGUCAUGGUUUAGCAAAACUUGAUAAUGAUCCAAAUCUUUGUGAAUUGGGAACUAAGGCUACUAAGGGAUAUUUGGCACAAAAGGAAAUGUGUACUGAGAAAUCAACUGAACAAAGAACAUUGCAAACUAUUGCUGUAGGAAAGGAUGCUGAGAGACAAAUUUGUGACUAUUUUGAUUAUUUAGUAAGUUGUUGUAACCCUGUAGAUGGCACACAAUGGGAAAAACCUGAUCUACACCCAUGUAGAAAGUCGUUUACAUUUGCAUUGCAGAAUGAUAUAGAUUUAGAUUAUAUAGACUUAGUUAAUUCAGUUCAAAAACAUACCAAGUGUAAUCCAGGAUACUGUUUGAGAGUAGAUAAUGAUGGGGAACAGAAAUGUAGAUUUGGUUAUCCUUUGGAGUUGAAUGAAGAAACCCAUAUUAAAUUUAAUGAGAUAACACGAAAGACGGGAAAAGAAGUCAGGCCUGAAAUUGUGGGAAAGCGAAAUGAUUCACGUGUCAAUCGUCAUCAACAAAUUCAGCUACAAGGCUGGCGAGCUAAUUGCGAUAUCCAGUUGAUAAUUGACCAUCAUGCUUGCAUUGAAUAUUUAGCAAAGUAUGCAUCAAAAAGUGAAAAGAUGUCAAGUGUGGCUAGAGAUGCUUUUGUCAAUGUCGUAAAUAAUCUAUCUAAAAUCUCAUCAUCCAGAUCUGUAAUCAGAAAAUUAAUGAUGAAAUGUGUUGGUGAAAGGGACAUGGGCAUACAAGAGGUUAUGCACCAAAUAUUAUCUCUAAAACUCUAUCGCAGCAGCUUCAAUGUAAUUACCAUCUCUUUGGAAAACAGUAGAAAAUGCUCAAUAACAAAUGAUGAGAUAAUAACUGAAAAAUCCUGUCUAGAAGUUUAUGGAAAUCGUGGGUCUUACUCAACUGCUGUCCAACAACUCAAUUUGAUAGACUUUUUUUCAAAAUAUGAUGUAAAAAAAGACAAACUACAACUACGUAAAGAACCUGUCAUUGUUAGAACAAUUCCUAAUUAUAGUCCCAAUCCUCAAGGAGUAAAUUAUGACAAGUACUGCAAAUUUCAGUUACUUAAAUACAGAACUUGGAGCAAUGUGCCAUCAAAUGCUUGGGAGAAUGAGGAGGAUUCACCUGCAACUUAUGUUUCUAAAUGGCAACAGUUUUUAGAAAGUGAUAUUGGUAAAACUGUCAUACCAAAUUGGCACCGGGAUUUGCAGAACGCUCAAAUUUACUUUAAUCUUGACCAGACUGAUUAUGCAGAACAUGUAAAUGAUGAAAAUCGUGAAGAACACUGUGAACAGUGGAUGUAUAUGGCACGUCUGACUGGUAUGGAUGCGACGCAUACUGCAACUGUAAAUCUUGACUGCCUUAAUGAAAUAGAAUCACAACGAUCGCUUUUUACAAGUUCUGAAAUAAACAGUUUACCGUUUUGGUUGGAUAAUGAGAAAAAAAAUCCAACAUCAACUGCGCAUACAAUUAAUAUUGAUCUUAACCUUCUUAAUGAAGAUCAAUUGCGUGCUUACAAUGUUGUGAAAGAUCACUUUUUGACCUCGACGUCAAAACAACCAUUACUAAUGAUAGUCACAGGACAGGGUGGCUCAGGUAAAAGUUUUGUAAUAAGUGCACUAAAACAAUUGCUUAAUAAUUCUUGUAUAGUGUCAGCUUUCUUUGGCAUAGCUGCGUAUAACAUUAACGGUGUGACACUUCACAGUCUAUUACGAUUACCAAUACGUGGAAAAAACAGUUGUGCUUUAAGAGGCCUCCAACUAGCACAGUUGCAAGAAAGAUUGCAAAACUUAAAGUACUUAAUUGUUGAUGAAUUCUCAGUUAUAGGUUUAAAAAUGUUAGGUUGGAUAGAUCGUCGUUUACGUCAGGCAAGUGGAAUUUUAGACACUACAUUUGGUGGUUACUCAGUAAUUUUGGUAGGAGAUAUAGCCCAAUUGCCACCUGUUUCAGAUAAACCGCUUUACCAUUCUCUCCCAGAAGAAUCAACAACAUUGAUGGGCUAUUGUGCGUACAGGAAAUUUGAAACUGUUGUGAAGCUUACUGUCAAUCAAAGAGUAAACAGCAAUGGUGAACAUCAGUUCCGAAACCUUCUCAUGCGAUUACGUGAUGGUGACAGUACCAUUGAAGAUUGGGAAUUAUUAUGCACUCGUGUUGUCAGUUUAUAUCCACAAGAAUAUGUGGAUUGCUUUACUACCAGACUUGCUUAUUCUAAUGAAAAAGUAGCCGAGUGGAAUUUCCAAAAGCUGAGAAAGUUAGAUGUACCAAUCUAUGUUAUUAAAGCUCUUAAUAACCCCCCAAAAGCUUCAAAGUUACCUGCAGAUGAAUUUGGAGGCUUGGAAUUGCUGCUACAUUUAGCUAUUGGCUGUUCUGUUAUGCUAACAAGAAAUCUGUGGACGGAAAUGGGUCUGUGCAAUGGAGCAACUGGAAAGAUAGUAAAUAUAAUAUACAAAGAUGGUCACCAACCUCCAGCCUUACCAAUUGCUGUUUUUGUUAAAUUUGAUUCUUAUAACGGACCAUCAUUUAAUAAUAUGCCAGGUAUUGUUCCAAUAGCACCAGUGAUAGCCAACUCCAACACAUAUGAUAACAUGGAAAGACAGCAACUACCUUUAAAACUUAGUUCAGCUAUUACAAUACAUAAAUCUCAAGGCUUAACACUGCCUAAAGCGAUAAUUGAUUUAGGUACCACUGAAAAAGUGGCUGGUUUAGCUUAUGUAGCACUGUCGAGAGUGAAACGCCUGUCCGAUCUUUUAAUAGAGCCUAUAUCUUAUGACAGGCUUUUGGCUGUUAAAAAUUCUAGCAAUUAUAAAUACCGUUGCAUUGAAGAAAACCGACUACAUCAGUUAAACAAAGUUACAAUAGUUAACUGUUAAAGUUUUGUGAAAUUAUUAAAUUUUGGUUAAUGUUUGCGAAUUGUAACAUUUCUUGUCUUAUUAUUGC